AUGGUACAAACAGGAAGAGAAGGCAGAUACUCUGCAGGUAAAAAGCCAUAUCACUGCAGUUUUUCUGAAGAGGGGGCACCAAUGGUAACAUCUCAGGUAGAAGAGCUUCCUAAGUUUGGAAGUGACAAUGCUAGAGAAAAAGAUGCCAAUGAAUCUAAACCAGAGCUAUCAACUUUGGUAUCUACCCUGGAAAACAAUAUCAAACGUCCCUUUCCAAAGUAUGAAGUUCAGAGAAAUUCUUCAGACUUAAAGAUGCCAGCAUUUCAACCUAGACAAGAGUUUCCCUGCUCCAGUAGUACUGCUGACUUUGCUUCAGGAGUGGGCCAAACAUCUUUAGAUGCGGUAGUAGACUUGAAAACCUCAUUGGAAAAGCAGGCUAGUCACCCUAAAGAAAAUUUCUCAGACUUGUGCAGGGAGCACCCUGUUCUCGAAAAAGGGAGAGAGGCACAAGAUAUGGUUCCACUAGAUUUAAGUGAAAAAUCAACGAGGGCUGAUUCAUGCAAUAAGGGUUUUACCUCAUCUUUGCAGGCUGAUUUGAUUGUCCACCCAUGUCCUUACUGCAAUCAUAAGACCUAUUACCCUGAAGUCCUGUGGAUGCACAAAAAAAUUUGGCACAAAGUCAGCUGUAACUCGAUGGCUCCACCAUGGAUUCAACAAAAUGGAUUCAAGAGUAUAAAAAACAACUUGGUUUUUCUGGCAAGAAGUGGACGCACUGGUCCUCCUCCAUCCCUUGGUGGUAAAGAAUGCCCACCUUUGCCUGUUGCCAGGUUUACACGCACUCAAGUACCAAGUGCGUUGCCAGGAUCCAAAAGCAAUUCUUCCCCUGUUGGGACAACUACAAAGCCUGGUAGUAUGCAUCAGUCUAAGGACAGCCAUUCGUUUGGCCACUGCGGUCCACGAUCCUCAGGUCUUGAUGGGUACAGGCAGCCCAAAUCAAACCAUACCCAGGAGCAGCACAGCAUAGCAGCACAACAUUCUCAACUUAAAGCUAAAUAUGAAGUAAACUCCAAACUGAUGCAAGCGGGAAGCUUUAGCAGAAGCCUAACAUCCACCCAGACAGUCGUCUCAAGGCCCACCUCACAGCCUGCCAACAGUAAACAGGUGGAGAAGUAUAUGAUUCCCCAAGGAAGUGCUGGUUUUCACUCUUCAACUAAGCAUUGUGCAUCUGACUCCAUAAAAGCCAAAUUCAACCCACUGCCUCAGUAUCACUCUCUGUGUAAAACUGAGCAGUACAGUAAACAUGAAGAUCCGUCAGUGCCUCAACGGGAAUCUCACACCAAGGCUGGGAAUGAGAUGAGGACAUUGGCAAACUGCACAAUAGGAGCAAGAGCGAGUCCACUAAUGCAGCCUCAGCCUAGCACAGCAGGAGCUUCUCCAACUUUACACUCCAUCAAACAAGAACCAGCAUCAGAGGGGCACGAGAAACGUUUGGACAUUUUUUUUAAGACCUACAUUCCAAAGGACCUUGCUUCGUUGUACCAGUCCUGGGGUGCCAAUAGCCCUGUGCUGGAUCAUGCAGGGAUGCUUAGGACACAAACACGCCAAGGAGACUAUGUCUGCAUAGAAUGUGGAAAAUGCUUUAACCAGCACAGUCACUUCCGGACUCAUAUGAGGUCCCACACAGUGGUAUUUGAGUCUAAUGGACUCCGAGGUACUGAAGUUCACACCACCUCUGCAGAUGCCCCAAAACAAGGGAGAGACCAUUCCAAUGCAGAUAUUGUCCAUACAGUGCCUCUCAGAAAGGGAACCUAAAAACACAUGUACAGUGUGUGCACUGGGUACCCUUUGACAACAGCCAGUACCCUGAUUGACGAUUCCAACAACCACAAAGUGAUGAUCCUAACAACCCUAUAGAAGAACAGCUGGAAAACUUCCCUACAAGCCAUCAAAUCUCUGGAGUCACUAUGCUAGAGUGAAAACAGUGCUCUGCUAGAAUGGAGAUGCCUCUGCACUGUUAAUCAUUUUAAAAUAAAUGAAGAUGCUACACAAGAUAUAUAUAAAUUGACAUACUAAUCAGUCCCAUGGUUCCUUAUUUCCUUUAUAAUAAACAGUGGAGUUGGCAAGCACUGUGGCAGUGCAAGGCAUCUAUAUUAAUCAAGAUAAGUUUGAGACACUGGAAUAAUUAAACUAUAUGUGAUUUGGACAGCGUGAAGAAUUUAAGUACUGUAACAAAAACCUCCCUGAUGCUCAGAGUGACUAUUUGAUACAUUUGAAAAACGGCAGUGGAUUGGGGGCCGAACAAGUAUUAAUU